AUGGCAACGAUAAGAAACUUGAAGAUAAAAACAUCAACUUGUAAAAGGAUUGUGAAAGAGCUUCACUCUUAUGAGAAAGAGGUUGAGAGAGAAGCUGCUAAGACUGCUGAUAUGAAGGACAAAGGUGCCGAUCCUUACGACCUUAAGCAACAGGAAAAUGUGCUUGGCGAAUCAAGGAUGAUGAUCCCGGAUUGCCACAAACGUCUUGAGGCUGCAUUAGCUGACCUCAAGUCCACUUUGGCGGAAUUGGAAGAGACGGACGAAAAGGAAGGUCCAGAGAUUGAAGAUGCAAAGAAGACAGUUGCGGAGGUGGAGAAGGAGUUUCACACAGACGAUGCAUGA